AUGAUGCUUGCACAAGUCAUGCGCAAGGCAGCAAUGCCACAGCGCAUUGGAAACGUCAGUUUGUUCUCUACUUCUGCCCGUGUGCUUGAUGCUGCGCACAAAGUGGUCGUUGUUGGCGGCGGCACGGCCGGCCUCAGCGUGUCGCACCAGCUUCUGAACACAGGCAAGUUCGCUCAAGAUGAAAUCGCCAUUGUCGAACCAUCAAACUUUCAUGACUACCAACCCGGCUGGACGCUUGUCGGUGGUGGCUUGAAGACGCGCGAAAGCUUGCGCCGCAACGAGGAUUCACUUGUGAACUCUAAGAUCCAACUGUAUAAGGAUGCAGUAACGACCAUCUCACCGGAGCAGAGCCAGUUGACCACGGCUUCAGGGAAGAAACUUGACUAUGAACACCUCGUCAUUGCAUCUGGUUAUACUGUUACUCUUGAUGGCAUCAAAGGCCUUCGCGAGGCGUUGCACGACCCGAACUCGUCUGUCUGCUCCAUUUACACGUACGAAUCGGUCCAGCAUGUGCACCCCAAGAUUGACAAGCUGAAGGAGGGGCAGGCAAUCUUCACACAGCCUGGAUCACCCAUCAAGUGUGCUGGCGCACCACAAAAGAUUAUGUGGCUUGCAUUGGACAAAUGGACCAAGGCUGGCUUGUACAAGAAACACGAUGCCUCUUCGCCCAUUAAGAUUAGUUUCGCUACAGGCAUGCCGACCAUGUUUAGCGUGCCACAUUACAGCAAGGUACUGGAUGGGCUGCGUGAGGAACGUGGCGUUUCGGGCUUCUUCCAACACAACCUUGUGGCUAUUGAAGACCAAGGGAAAACAGCUGUAUUCCAACGCCCGAAUGGCGACCAGGUGAAGAUGCCGUUCGAUUUUCUUCACGUUACUCCGACCAUGAGUCCUCCUGAGUUCCUCAGGAAAUCGCCUCUUGCCAACGGAGCAGGCUACGCCGAAGUUGAUCAGGCUAAGCUCCAGCACGUGAAGUACAGCAAUGUCUGGUCUUUGGGUGAUUCGAGCUCACUUGCAACGAGCAAGACCGCCGCCGCUAUCACUGGUCAAUCCCCGGUCCUCGUGGCCAACCUGCUUAGCGCAUUGGAGGGCAAAGAACUUACAGCCACAUACAAUGGCUACACCUCUUGUCCACUUCUCACUGAAUAUGGCAAAGUACUCUUGGCGGAAUUCAAGUACGGCGCCCAGCUUAACGAAACGUUCUCCAAGUAUGGUAUUGAUCAGUCCAAACCCCAGCGCGCCUUCUACUACCUCAAGAAGGACUUCUUCCCUUGGGUGUACUACCGGAACAUGGUCAAAGGUACCUGGGCAGGUCCAAAGGGUUUCCUGGGCACCAUUCGCACCUUCUCUUCAAGUGCUCGCAAGAUGCGUAAUACGCCUGCCCGUCAUCCCCGUGACCCUCUGGACACAAGCGUUCACGCUUCUCGUUUUUCCUUACCAACACGUGAAACAUUCGUUGUUCGCCCUGCACCGUCCCAACCAUCGAGUCGCAUGUCCGUGCCUGCUGCUGAAACUCUAUUUGCAGCGCCUGCUCCCAUCUCAGAAACUGAGCUUGCUGGCUUGCCACCCGCUCUCCGUAAGCACCACCGACAAGCGCGUCUUGCCACAAAUGUCUUGUCUCCUGAGAAAGUUGCAGAAUUGCAGCAGCUCCGAGCUCAGGACCCCUUCAAGUUUACGGCUGGAAAGCUAGCCAAGAUGUUUGGUUGCUCACCCACGUUUGUGAGUAUUGUCGCGCCAGCUCCUAAAAAUGUCCGCAAAGCCCGUCAGGCAGAGACGGAGCUAAAAAGAGCGACAUGGGGUAUGAACAAGCGUGUAGCCCAUGAGCAACGCGCAGAACGUCGCGCUCUUUGGUAG